CACGGGAUGUGUAAUCCGGAAACCGUGAGGCUAAACUCCUCCCAACCGCAGAGAAGCCAUAUUGAAAUAGAAAGAGGACGAGCGUCGAUGUGUUAUCACCAUAUCCCUGUUAAACUUACUGUCUGAUUUUCAUACUGCACUCAGUCAACAGACAGAAAGGCUCAUCAUCGCGUUAAUCUACCAAGCCAAUCAUUUCACCCGAGGUUUCAAGAGAUGAGCAGCAACAGUAACAAGAGGGCACCAACCACAGCGACGCAAAGACUAAAACAGGACUACCUACGGAUAAAGAAAGACCCUGUGCCUUAUAUUUGUGCAGAACCUCUCCCCUCCAAUAUUUUGGAAUGGCACUAUGUAGUACGAGGUCCAGAGAAAACCCCUUAUGAAGGUGGUUAUUAUCAUGGAAAGCUCAUUUUCCCUCGGGAGUUUCCCUUCAAGCCUCCUAGUAUUUACAUGAUAACACCAAACGGGAGAUUUAAAUGUAACACAAGGUUGUGUCUCUCCAUCACGGACUUCCACCCGGACACCUGGAACCCGGCCUGGUCCGUCUCCACCAUCCUAACGGGCCUGCUCAGCUUCAUGGUGGAGAAAGGUCCCACCCUCGGCAGCAUCGAGACCUCAGAUUUCACGAAAAGACAACUAGCUGCUCAGAGCUUGGCUUUCAAUUUAAAGGAUAAAGUUUUCUGUGAGCUGUUUCCAGAUGUUGUUGACGAGAUCAAACAGAAGCAGAAGACCCAGGAGGAGCUGAGCAGCCGGCCCCAGACGCUGCCCCUCCCGGACGUGGUGCCCGACGGGGAGGCGCACCACGCCCAGAACGGGAUGCCCGUCCUCAACGGGCACGCGCCCCUGGCCGGGGGGGCCGCCGCCCACCCCGCCGGCCUCCAGCAGGCCAAUCGCAACCACGGACUCCUGGGCGGAGCCUUAGCAAACUUGUUCGUCAUAGUGGGAUUCGCGGCCUUCGCCUACACAGUGAAGUACGUGCUGCGGAGCAUAGCACAGGAGUGAGCCCGCCCCACAGCCGGGCGGCCCGUUCCCGCUCGUCACCAAAAAAAAGAGAGGGGGGGGAGGGGGGAGGGAAAUCGGGCGGGGCAGGGACCAGUGUGUGUCCCAUAUUCCCAAACCGAAAGAUACAGAAUUAACCCAAACCACAAAGGAAAGGGGCGGUAAAUAAGGGGGGGGGGGUGCGACUUGUGGAGCAGGGAUUGACUGGUGAUUGGGUAAGUGCAGCAGCGAUUUAAAAAAACAAAAAAAAAACAGCAGUUUGGCUCAUGGGUUUUAGAAAGACGUCUGGCGUGUCACAUGGUUAACUGGUGCAGAUUGCACCGAUCCGUCUCUCCUUCAAGCGAAGAGAACACAUCGAACCUUUGUCGCGCUGCAGCCGUGGUACGUAAACGUGGUUGUACUUACCUGCACCACACAAUGUUGGCCUGACAGUUUUGUUAGAACGAACCUUAUCGACACUUAAAUCGCCACAUCCUAAACUGCCCGAUUACUUGUCCCAUUAUUUUUUUAUAUUGUCAAGCUGUUCCGCUCUGUUCUGAGAGGAUUCUCAGCGUGAUUUGGAGGGUGGGAAGAACGUUUGAGAGAUGAGCCUGAGUAGGCUUGUGCAAAAAAAAAAAAAAAAAGCAGAAGGUAAAAAAAAAAUAUGUGUCUGCUGGAGUUUUCAUGGUGUGAAAUUAGUCCUAACGGGUGAUGUCACUGAGUGCUUGCGCUCAUGCACAGGAUCAUUUGAAAGACAUUAGGUUCCCCCCCCCGUCCCCCCACACACGCACACACACACACACAGAACAGCUGGUCUUGACAAAUGGACAUGUAGGAGACCAAUGAAUCACUUCCUCACCCACCCCACUCUAAAUCAUACAAAAUAUCCAUUAAAAUGUGGAGUCAUAAAAUCAAAGAAAAUUUGAGUAUCAGUUAAGAUGGGGUAUUUGUCAAAGGCACUUAUAAACUUAACAGUACGACAUUUAGAUCAUCAUUUUCACAUUCUGAUUCCAUUUCUCUGAAGACUUCAUUUUGCAUUAGGUAAGGAUGCCUAAAUAUACAUGAUUGUUCAAGCGUGGUGCAAUAUUCUUCCGUGGUUUCAAAUAAACGGUGUAAUUCCCUUGUUUUAAUUUGUAUCAUAUUUGUAUCAUAAUGCUUUUGUUUGUAUCAUAUUGUUUAUUUGCUUCUCCCUCCCCCCCUGUGUAGUUUUAGUGGAUGAAGAUCUGCUUUACGCGGACUGUGAAGUAACUACCACAGAGAUCGAGUUGUUCAUUGAUUGUGGCAGUUGGGGACCUACUGUAUCCAAAUGCCUAUAACGGGCACAUAAAUGGCAUCGGUAGUGUCAUGGCUUCAGGCGGUGUAGCACCCUGUGGAUACACGCCUGUUCUCACACACAUCCUGGUUUCAGUUGUCGGUACAAAACGUUUUUUCUGCGUUUUGUUUUAAUAUAAGUUUAGCAUGGCAGCUAAACUCCACACACUUCCCAUCGGAGUGCUGUACUAAAUGGCUUCAAUGCUUUGUUUCGUACAUUUUGGAUAACUGAUGAUCAUGAAAUCCUCUGAGAUUUUUGGUGGAUGAGUACUUGGGGCAGGGGUGGGGGUUGUGGGGGGUUGGGGGAUGGAGAAAAUUGACUUUUUGUGUUAAUAAAAUGUCUGGAAUAAAUCCUUCAUGUCUCUCACGACGGUUGAUUUUAAUGACUGAAUCUUGCUGUGCCACUUACCUUGCAGUGACAACCCCUUGUCCAGGCUUGGGGGGGGGGGGGGAUCGAUCAGCAUGAGCGCACAGUUGUGCUCCAUUAACUCCCAUUUUCCUCUUCCUACCAAUAUUACCAGUCAUGCGAAUCACCUGCGGGUGUUAAACUCUGGUCCUCCCAAGAGCUACCGGGCGUUUUUGGUUCUGUUCCACCCCGGCCGCACGUUUCCCCCAGAUUGAGCUAAACCUGUUCUUCGGCUUGCAAGGAUUUCAAAACAAAUAAUAUGAGAAGGGCCCGUCCAGCAACUGUGGGCAGGCCCACUACAACUUCUGAAAACUACAGAAACAGAAACUUGUGCUGUCCUGUAGCGCUGAUCUUGGUCUGGCUGCUGGUCUGUGGCAUUCAACCUCAGUGUUUUAGAGUAAGGAAUUUGUGCAGGUCAAUCUUGCACAUUAUCACACGUUCGGGGUGGGAGUAGAGAACUAAUUAAAAAUAUUUUUUUAAGAUGGCGACUUGCAUAAAUUCAUUGCUCGAAUGUAAGGACAAAGCAGCAUAGUGGUUGGAUUAACCACUGUGCCCCCCACCCAGAUUUUAAACGGCUGUUUAUAGAGUCUUUAUUGAACCCAUGAGCCAUGCUGUGAGGAGUAUUAACCCUUGGGAAGGGUAGCGACCAAUUCAGUUAAAUCUCCCAAAACGUGAGGAUCAGCUUAACUAACCAGUAUCAAAAUGUACAUUAUAGGUUUCAAUAAUGAGAAUUUUGGACAGCAUUCAUGUAUUUAUCUUUUUUCUUUUUCUUUUUUUUUUAUUAUUCUCUGAAAGUGUGCUCUGUUCUAUUUAUAAUUGCUCCUAAUUUGCAGUCUUGUAUAUGCCUAAGAUUCUGUUGUACUGUAAAGUCUUCUUUAAACAAUUGAGGGUAAUUUUUUUUUCCCUUUUUUUUUUGGUCAUUCAAGCACCAUUACACUAAAGCAUUAAUGAUAGGAUUCAAGUACAUGGGAUGCAGAGCAAACGUGAUUUCUUGCUUAUGUAUCUGGUGUGUGUGAAUAUGUAUGUUUUCAUAGUUAAUUAAAUACCCUGCACGGCAGGGCAUUUUAGAAAAUUGA